AUGCCUGUCGCGGCUUAUCAAGGCACCUUUCAUUUCGUCAAUAAGGACGCAUCUAAUCUAAAUAAAAGGGAUGCAGAAGAAGCCUUUUCCAUUAGUUCCCACGUCACGAACAAAUACUAUCGUUGGGCCAAGAACAAUCGACAUAUUGGAGGAAGUCGUGAUGUUUUGUUGAGCCGCAAUCCCCAUGGACUUGGUUUCCGCGAGGCACAGCCGGAUUCAAGUGAUACAGACAAUGACAGCUAUGUCGGUUCUUCCAACGAUGAAGCCACAAUACGAAUGAUAUGUUGGCAGCUCGGAUCGGGCACAAAUCCUUCCGGAGGCGGCUCUGCUAGUCCUCGUGGCUCCCCUGAACCUAUCCCUCAGAUAUGCUCAGACGAUGAGCAGGACGACCAAUAUUUCAGGCCUGAACUUUGGCCCGCCGGGAUGAUGCGAGAAGAGUCCCCGGUGCUGCCAAAGCAACCUGAUUGGGAUGCCCCUGACUGGGCUGCAUGUCCUCGUUUUCAAAAAGAGGCCUUGGACAUCUUUCGUGGCUUCUGUCUUUCGUUCAGCAGCAUCAACACACCGGGCAACGUUUCUCGUCAGUCUAUGGAUCUGAGUUGGCGGCGAAAAGCAAACAACCUCGUGACUGAUAAAAAAUGUUUGCACGGCUGGUACGCAAGUGUCCUGACGCUGAAGGCAUAUUUCAUGCAGCCCGAAUGCUACAACUUCCUCUACCCAAUGGCUCUAAAGCAUCAAAACAGAAGCCUGAUGUUGCUGCGAGAGCAUAUCCGCCUAGACCCGCAGCCUUCGGAGAGUUUGAUUAUGUGCAUUUGGAACAUUGCGAACAUGGCAUUCUAUUCUGGCGACCUAGAAUCAAACGUGGCUCACGCGUCAGCCUUGUGGGAGAUAGUAGACGGCCUCGGCGGAGUCGAUAAGCUCAGUCCUGAUACUCGAGCGCAAGUUAUUCUGGCAGACAAUGGGCAUUCAAGAUUCACACUCACAAGGCCACGCCUUGAUUACGCCAGGUUCGAUCCUGGAUCAUUUCAACAGCAACCUGGAUUCGAGCAAUACGGCUUUUUGCUGUCUGACGCAGACUUUCAACGCUGGGAUGAAACAUUCCUGCUACCCGAAGACGAGAUAUCCGACAGCCUGGAGAACUACGUCAAUAUGCACCGAGAAUUGAUGGCAGCACAUGCCCUCAUCGGCAGGCUCCUUUGCGAGAGAAAGGGUGAAUCUGCAGUAGACGCCAUCAUCGGCUGGCUUCACCGUCGCCGUGCAGCUUUGAGUUCAUGGACGAUGGGUCUAUAUUGCGACAUCGUCGAGACCAUCACUCCGCGAACACGCAUGUCCCGGGCGGUUCGUCGGCAGUUGCAAGCCUGCAUUUGUCUUGCUGUGUCCUAUGCCAUGUCCUUUGUUUAUGGGUUCACGCUCCCACUCCAGAAAUGGCUGCUGUAUAUCCCCGUCCAGCAUUUGCGGCCUCAGAUCGAAAUCUUACUGAGCUACAUGGCAAAGCGGGGGACCCUGCCUUCAACAAGAGCAGCCUCAUCCUCAAGGUCUUCUUUCUCGAAGACGCCUCCACCUCCAUUUGCCAUGUCUCACCACGAGUCUCUCCUCUUCCUCUUCUUCGUCGGCGCCUGCGCUGAACAGGUCUCGGACGAAGCGGGCAAGAGGCCGCAGUUACUGAUGGACCGGAAAUGGCAUUCUACUCGAUUUUGCGAGAUGUCCCGGAUUCUGGGCCUCAGAACGUGGAAAGAAGCGCAGAGGAUUCUCAAGAGAUUUGUCUAUGGAGAUGGGCAUGUGCUGGAUCGUUUCGUGGAAGGGUUGUUCGAGCAGAGAGCCGAGUUGUGUCGAGGUGGGAGUGUUCUCGGCUAG